AUGUCGCAUAAUAGUACCAAUCAUUACAUGCUCUUGGGAGACGAAGCCGAGUCACAGGGAGAAUUAAGUUCUUCCCCAGGGCGGGCAAGUUUCAAGCACGACAACGAUAAGACCGAGUCCCAAGCAUUUCAAGAUCAUUCCACUCAGAAGCCAGAUACACACCCCGAGACUCUUGCCAGCAAGCUCCGUGCAGCGGCGACGGGUGCUACCAAUUCCGAAGGAUCUGCAACGGGCUACCACUAUACUGAUAACCUGGCAUAUCAUCCAGAGCAUGCGGAUGUUCUCGAAUCUCGCGUCAAGCGUUUAGAAGUGCUCCAUGCGCAAUUGCAAGAGAACGACAAGACGGCUCGGUGGAUGCACAGGCAGCUCACUAGAAGGCAGCAUCUUCUGCACAGCAUGCAGACCAUUGGAGGAUCUAUUCCGAGCCAGCUCGGAGAGGCGUUGCUCAACGCUGCGGGGGAGGGAAAGUGGAAUGAACUGGUAGGAAUCGAAAGAGAAAUCGAGGACGUGACGACCCUUAUUGACAGUUAUGGAUGGGAUUGGAGUGGACUGCAGGAGGCAUUGGGGAGCGUUGAUCAGCAUAGGGCUAGCAUGGGCUAUGCUCAUUCGCAACUGGACCCGGCCGAAGAUCAAUCAGGUCCCAUAUCUUCGCCGGCAGAAGCCGGGUCGUCGUUCACCUCGAUAGUGUCGCCAGCUCAUCUGAGCGAAAGAGAAACUCGGACUACCUGGUCAGAGCAGGCUCUACUGGACGCCUCCAAGGCAAUUGCUACCAUUCCUGCCUUUGAUCUCCUUAGAAGAGAUCUUUCAGAGUGGGGACAAAAUGGUCUUCGUCCAGGGCUGACCCGCAAAUCUCGAGACACGGCGAUCCGACUCGGCCACGAUCCUCUCUCACUUUCAGCCGAUCUAGCCUUGAGUGAUAUGGUGGAGAGUAUCCAGAAAGUCAUGGACCGAAAGGACUCAUGGGAGGAGAUGGAGAUACUGAUGAACAAAAAUCACAAGUUGUUUGGCUGGCAAGCUCCGAGGGAACGACUACUUUCGGCUGAGCAGAGGGGCAGCCUUUUUUCGGCAGGUGAAGUGUUCACUAGUUUGGACAAGUUACGAGCACUGGAAGGCUCUCCGACGUCGAAAGAGGUUCGAACGCUGAGUGACCUACUAGGGAGCGUUGCCACAAGGAUGGAAGUAUCGGAACAUGAGUCCAAGAAAGUGUACGGGAAUGGCGACUAG